AUGUCUGAUAAGAAAGAAUUUGGUCAAUUAGGUGAUAUUACUAAAGAUACUGAAGGUACUAAAAAGAGUAAUAAUGCUGCUUCAAACUUAGAGGAAAAAGUUAAGGCAGGUUUCGGUAAAUUUGAAAAAAUGUCAAAUGAAGAAAGAGAAGAAUAUUUGAAAAAGGGUCUUGGUAAAUUAGAAGGUAAUAGUAAGAAAGAAUGA